AUGGAACCUUCUCUGCCUGAACAAGUGCUUCAGCCGCUGCUCAAUGCUUCGGAGUUAUCAUAUUCUCUAGAAGAUUGCUUGAAGUCCCUUCUAGAGACUUCUAAGACCGAUGAAGGCCGCUCCGACCUCGCUUCGAAAGCUAUCGUACCGUCGAUCCUUGCUCUUCUUCAGCUUCUUCCCUACCCUUCUUCCCGCCAUUACCUGAAUCUCUCACUGAAGGUCCUCCGAAACCUCUGCGCCGGCGAGGCUUCGAAUCAGGACGCCUUCGUCGAUCACAGCGGUUCCGUUGUCGUCUCCGACUUGCUCGAUUCCGCGAUCGGAGAUUCCGAGACCGUUCGUUUCGGAUUGCAGGUUUUGGCGAACGUUGUGCUUUUCGGAGAGAAACGCCGCCAGAGAGAUGUGUGGCUUCGCUUUUUCCCGGAGAGGUUUUUGGCGAUCGCUAAGGUUAGGAGGGAGCGCGAAACGUGUGAUCCGUUGUGUAUGAUUUUGUAUGCUUGCUUCGAUGGAAGCUCCGAGAUUUCUUCACAGCUUUGCAGCGAUGAAGGACUCAACAUCAUUGCUGAAACUCUACGCACAUCUUCUUCCGUUGGGACUGUGGAGGAUUAUUGGCUGAAGUUAUUGGUAUCGAGACUCUGUGUUGAAGGCGAUUGCUUCCUUGACCUCUUCUCCAAACUGUAUAAGGAUGAUAAAAAUGAGACAUUUACAUCAGAACAAGCCUUUCUUCUGAGGAUGGUGUCUGAUAUUGCAAACGAGCGUGUAAAAGAAGUGUCAGUCUCCAAGGAUGCAGCUUGUCUCCUCCUUGGAUUACUGAAGCAAUCAUCAGCUCACGUUUUUGAUUCUGUUGUUUCGGGUGAAAGAUCCGAACUUCCAACAGGUUCGACUGUAAUCGACGUAAUGGGCUACUCUCUGGUGAUCAUAAGGGAUACUUGCGCUGGAGGAAGCCUUGAAGAACUCAAGAAGAACGAUUCAGGUGGUGAUGAUACUGUUGAAUCGCUCUUGUCCACUGGGCUAAUAGAGCUUCUCCUUGACAUGCUUCGCAAACUUGAGCCUCCAACAACAAUAAAGAAGGCUCUAAACCAGAGCUCUGGCUCUGGCUCUUCUUCUUCUUCGUCAAAGCCUUGUCUUUACAGAGGGUUUAGAAGAGAUAUUGUGUCUGUGAUUGGGAACUGCGUGUACAGAAGGAAAUAUGUACAAGAUGAGAUCAGGGAGAGAGAUGGGUUGUUCUUGAUGUUGCAGCAGUGCGUGACGGACGACGAGAACCAGUUCUUGAGAGAGUGGGGCUUGUGGUGCGUCAGGAAUUUGCUGGAAGGGAACCAAGAGAACCAGAAAGCUGUAGCGGAGCUGGAGAUGCAAGGCUCUGUGGAUGUGCCUCAGCUCCGAGAAAUUGGUCUCAGAGUUGAAAUCGAUCCAGAAACCGCAAGGCCAAAGCUUGUCAAUGACACCUGA